AUGGCCUCCGUCCUGCGUUUCAGCUCUUCAGCUCUGAGAACAUCUCUCUCAUCUCCUGCUUUCACUGCCAGGAAAGUUGCCUUCAAUGGCUUGCGCUGCUAUUCAUCGUCGAAAACACAGACUUUGAAGGAACGUUUCGCCGAGCAACUGCCAGAGAAGAUCGAGCAGAUCAAGAAGCUUCGCAAGGACUACGGAUCAAAGGUCGUCGGCGAGGUCACUCUCGAUCAGGUAUAUGGUGGCGCUCGUGGUAUUAAGUCUCUAGUCUGGGAAGGUUCUGUUCUCGAUUCCGAGGAGGGUAUCCGUUUCAGAGGCAAGACUAUUCCGGAAUGCCAGGAGCUUCUUCCGAAAGCCCCCGGAGGAAAGGAACCUCUACCCGAAGGUCUCUUCUGGCUUCUCCUCACUGGUGAGGUUCCCAGCGAACAGCAAGUCCGCGACCUCUCUGCAGAAUGGGCUGCCCGCUCCGACAUCCCAAAGUUCGUCGAGGAACUCAUCGACCGAUGCCCAAGCGAUCUUCACCCAAUGGCACAGCUCUCAAUUGCUGUCAACGCUCUUGAACACGAGUCUGCUUUUGCGAAGGCCUACGCCAAGGGAAUGAAGAAGACUGAGUACUGGGGACACACUUUCGAGGACUCAAUGGACUUGAUUGCCAAGCUUCCAACCAUUGCCGCAAGAAUCUACCAAAAUGUCUUCAAGGGAGGCAAGGUCGCGCCUGUCCAGAAGGACAAGGACUACAGUUUCAACUUUGCCAACCAGCUCGGCUUCGGCGAAAACAAGGACUUCGUUGAGCUGAUGAGACUAUACCUAACCAUCCACACUGAUCAUGAGGGUGGUAACGUCAGUGCCCAUACCGCUCACUUGGUUGGAAGUGCUCUCAGCUCUCCUAUGUUGUCCGUCGCUGCCGCUCUCAACGGUCUUGCCGGACCACUUCACGGUCUGGCCAAUCAAGAGGUCUUGAACUGGCUUACCAAGAUGAAGGCAGCUAUUGGCAAUGAUCUUAGUGACAAGGCCAUCACUGAUUACCUCUGGUCUACCCUGAAAUCUGGUCAAGUUGUGCCAGGUUAUGGUCACGCUGUUCUCCGAAAGACUGAUCCUCGCUACAUGGCGCAACGUACAUUCGCUGAGGCACACCUUCCAGAUGACCCAAUGUUUCAAUUGGUGAGCCAAGUUUACAAGAUCGCCCCUGGCGUUCUCACAGAACACGGAAAGACCAAGAACCCAUACCCCAACGUUGAUGCUCACUCGGGUGUCCUUCUCCAAUACUACGGAUUGACUGAGGCCAGCUACUACACUGUUCUCUUCGGUGUCUCCCGUGCCAUUGGUGUCCUACCCCAACUUAUCAUUGACCGUGCAGUUGGUGCUCCUAUCGAGCGACCAAAGUCCUUCUCUACCGAGAAGUGGGCCGAAAUUGUUGGAGCCACAUUAUAA